AUGUCAAUAUCAGUUGACAGUAAUAAUCUAAGUUUUGUCAACGAUUUGAAUCCUGGGAAGGAUAUGUGGAACAUGAAGGCGAGAAUUAUUCGAAAAUGGAAUCAGGGUUACAAGAUGGAGAUCAUCUUCAUUGAUGAGAAGAUUCAAGCAUGUAUUAAGAGUCAUCUGAUACCUGUUUUUGAUGGACAACUGCAAGAAGAUGCUGUUGUGAUUCUGUCGAAAUUUGGUGUUGGUGAGAAUAAAGAUUUAUAUAAAGUAGUAGUGCAGCCUUAUAAAAUCAACUUUUAUAGAUGCACAACUGUUACUCGUGUGAGAGGUUGGCAAGGUGUUGAGUAUGGUUUCAAUUUCAGAGCUUAUGAAGAUAUUCUUCAAGGAGAGGCGUUAAACGCUUUGAGUGUUGAUGUUGCCGGAUCUGUGAUUUCUUGUGGAGAUCUUGAAAUCUUUGAUCGACCUCCAAAGGAGACUAAGAAGAUGAAUUUCGAGAUUGAAGAUUUGGAGAUCAUGAUUAAGGACUUCAUUUCUAAAGUCUCACCUCAUGAGCAUGUGAUGGCUGUUAUACAGCAUGGAAAGUGA